AUGACUGCUACCAACAAGGAAGCAUCAUCAUCUAGUGUUGGUGUAUCUAUUGCUAUUGGGGUACUCAAGGUCAUAGACUCCCUAGCUUGGGUCGUAUCGGGAGGGCCAUUUAGAAAGCCAAAGCCGGUAGAUGCAGAGAUGAACUCAGAAAGGGUUGGGGAGGAGAAUGGUGAUGAUAUUCGUAUGAGAACUGGGUGUAAGGAUUUCAAAUUGGAGUGUGAUUGGGCACCUGGUUCGAAGACCUUAUUGGACUUAGUGGAAUCAAGUGUUAAGCAAUAUCCUCAUAUGAAGGCAUUAGGUGUUAGGGAAUACCUAGGAACGAAGGAUGUGGGACAGAAGUUUCCUGUAAGUGUAUUUGGUCCCACGACUUGGACUACUUACAAGGAGCUUUCUACCAAUUAUCAUGCAUUCGGUGCCUAUCUACGUUAUAUUGGUAACAAACCACAAAUCCAUACUAAAGACUUUGAUAAUGAUCUCCUUGGUGAGUAUUCAAUUGUUAUAUUCGAGGACACAUGUGAUAUGUGGAUUACUGCUGCUCUUGGGGCAUGGACUCAGGAUAUGCUCGUUACUACUGUUUAUGGUACUCUUGGUCCCGAUGCUGUAGUACAGGCUGUACAAGAAGGUCAGAGGACUACUCUACUUUUGUACAGGAAGAAUGUACAUAAGAUUAUUGCUCGACGUAGUGAAAUGCCCUCUCUUAAAUAUUUAUAUACACCGAUCUCAAUGUGGAUCCUAAAG